UUAGCUUGGCUUUGAAAGGCGCUUCAGGAUUCUGUUUUGUUUUAUUAUAACAGAUUUACGUGGUUGAGAUUCCCCCCACUCCCGCUGUUCUGGAACUCAUUUGCAUAGUUGAUCCUGAUUAAGUAUUUAAAGAAAGAAGUUGGAGCAUUUAGGACAGAGCUCAUUUUGGUUUUCCUUCAAGUUCAAAACUCUGUAGUGAGUAGACGAUGUGGAAAGUGCCUACCUGCAUACUGAAAUUAAUCAAGUUGACUUCAUACUACAAACUCUGGGCUGUGUGCAUCAUCAUCUUUAAUUUCAUGUCCUUCAUCUCAAUCAUGUUCUACUGGAGAAUCACGCAGGAUGCCCAAGACAAGAGACAGCACUACAGUUCGCCUACAGAGGUUAAGUGUCCUCCUCUUCCCACGCCUUCAUCCAGAUGGCCUCCUUCAUCACACAAAGACAUAUACUUUGUAGAAACAUCGGAACGAACUAAUCCAAACUUCCUGUUUAUGUGUUCUGUGGAAUCAGCAGCCAGGGUUCACCCUGAGUCCAGAAUCAUUGUUCUUAUGAAGGGUUUAGCAAGCUACAAUAAGACUUUGCCCAAACAUGUGGCCUUCUCCUUGCUUAGCUGUUUCCCCAACAUUGAAUUCAAACAUUUGGACUUGAUUAACCUUUUCUCUAACACCCCCCUCGCUGGCUGGUAUUCAGUGGCUCAGCAGAGGUGGGAGCCUUAUUUCUUGCCCAUCCUUUCUGAUGCGUGCCGAAUCACCAUCAUGUGGAAACUUGGUGGCAUCUAUUUGGACACAGACUUCAUAGUCCUCAAGAACUUAAAUAACCUCACCAAUGUGCUUGGUGCGCAGUCCAAAUAUACACUUAAUGGUGCCUUUCUCUCGUUUGAGUCCAAACACAAGUUUAUAGAGCUUUGCAUGCAGGACUUUGUGGUGGACUACAACCGCUGGAUCUGGGGGCACCAGGGCCCACAGCUCUUGACACGCAUUUUUAAGAGGUGGUGCUCUAUCCGUAGCCUCCGAAGCAGCAAAAGCUGCAAGGGUGUUACUGCUGUCCCACGAGAUGCCUUUUAUCCCAUUCGCUGGCAGGAUUGGAGGAAGUAUUUUGAAGCAAUUAACGCUUCCGAACUUCCCGCACUCUUUAGAAACACCUAUGCAGUGCAUGUCUGGAAUAAGAAAAGUCAAGGGACACAACUUGCGAUCACCUCUAAAACCUUACUAGCUCAGCUGCAAUCCCACUAUUGCCCUUCCACAUACACGCUCAUGAAGGUCUCAUUCUGAAAGGGCAGGGCCUAGCAGCAGCCUGCUGUUGAUACAAACGCAAAUCGGCCACGCUGUUCAGCCACGGCAGGUAAUCAUCGCCAUUGUCUAUCACCAUUUGACAAUGUUAGCCCCAAGGAGCAGCAGAGUUGCUGGCUCAACGUUUCAAAGAGCAGCUGAAUGGCUGUGAGUUCCAGCAGGCUUGGGAGUUCAGAAAAGAAUGCUUUUAUGAUGGCCAAAUAAGAUGUAUUCAAACUUUUGAGUUAU